AAUCAAAGAUACAGAGGGAGAAGUAGAGACGUAUGUGACUGAUAAAAAGGCAGAAGAUAUAGAGGGAGAAGAAGAGACGUAUGUGACUGAUAUAAAGGCAGAAGAUAUAGAGGGAGAAGAAGAGACGUAUGUGACUGAUAUAAAGGCAAAAGACAUAGAUGGAGAAGAAGAGACGUAUGUGACUGAUAUAAAGGCAGAAGAUAUAGAGGGAGAAGAAGAGACGUAUGUGACUGAUAUAAAGGCAGAAGAUAUAGAGGGAGAAGAAGAGACGUAUGUGACUGAUAUGAAGGCAGAAGAUAUAGAUGGAGAAGAAGAGACGUAUGUGACUGAUAUGAAGGCAGAAGAUACAGAGGGAGAAGAGACGUAUGUGACUGAUAUAAAGGCAGAAGAUAUAGAAGGAGAAGAGAUGUACGUGACUGAUAUGAAGGCAGAAGAUACAGAGGGAGAAGAAGAGACAUAUGUGACUGAUAUAGAGACAGAAGAUACAGAGGGAGAAGAAGAGACGUAUGUGAGGGGUGAUCAGCAGUGUAAGGAGGAGGAGAUCCCUACAGAUAUCAGCACAGCAGAUGGACACACAAGCAGAAAUAUCUCAGAAGGACAUGUAAUGUUAUCCCCGGAUUGUGACAUAAAAGAUAAUGACAGUAGACAGGAUUCUCCAGGAGAUAACCCCAUUACCCCAAUUAUACAUUCAGCUCUAUCAGCUGAUCCCCCUGAUCCUGGGAAAUGUUCUCCUGAUCACUCUGAUAUUGGUGCAUCUGUUAUAGCUCUGACAGAUAUAGUGUUUCCAUGUUCUAUAGAUACCAAAUGUUUUACACAGAACACAAAGUGUAUUAACCCACACACAGGUAAGGCAGGUGAAAGGCCAGUAUGUCCGGAGUGUGAGAAAUGUUUUACAUACAAAUCAGAUCUUGUUAUACAUCAGAGAAGUCACACAGGUGAGAAGCCAUUUCCAUGUUCUGAGUGUGGGAAAUGUUUUGCACGGAAAUCACGUCUUGUUAGACAUCCGAGAAGUCACACAGGUGAGAAGCCAUUUCCAUGUUCUGAGUGUGGGAAAUGUUUUACACAGAAUUCACAACUUGUUGCACAUCAGAGAAGUCACACAGGUGAGAAGCCAUUUCCAUGUUCUGAGUGUGGGAAAUGUUUUGCACAGAAAUCAGUUCUUGUUAAACAUAACAGAAGUCACACAGGUGAGAAGCCAUAUUCAUGUUCUGAGUGUGGGAAAUGUUUUGCAUACAAAUCAGCUCUUAAUAAACAUAACAGAAGUCACACAGGUGAGAAGCCAUUUCCAUGUUCUGAGUGUGGGAAAUGUUUUGCACACAAAUCAGAUCUUGUUAUACAUCACAGAAGUCACACAGGUGAGAAGCUGUUUCCUUGCUCCGAAUGCGGGAAAUGUUGUGCAAGUAAAUCACAUCUUGUUAUACAUCACAGAAGUCACACAGGUGAGAAGCCAUUUUCUUGCUCUGAGUGCGGGAAAUGUUUUACACAAAAAUCACAUCUUGUUACACAUCACAAAAGUCACACAGGUGAGAAGCCAUUUCCAUGUUCUGAGUGUGGGAAAUGUUUUGCACAAAAAUUACAUCUUGUUAUACAUCACAGAAGGCACACAGGUGAGAAGCCAUUUUCUUGCUCUGAGUGUGGGAAAUGUUUUACACGGAAAUCACAUCUUGUUACACAUGAGAGAAGUCACACACGUGAGAAGGUAUUUUCUUGCUCUGAGUGCGCGAAAAGUUUUACCUGGAAAUCCCACUUUGUUAUACAUCAGAGAAGUCACACAGGUGAGAAGCCAUUUUCUUGCACUAAGUGUGGGAAAUGUUUUACACGGAAAUCAAAUCUUGUUACACAUUACAGAAGUCACACAGGUGAGAAGGCAUUUCCAUGUUCUGAGUGCUGGAAAUGUUUUACACGGAAAUCAUAUCUUCUUAGACAUCAGCGAACUCACACAGGUGAGAGGCCAUUUAUAUACUCUGAGAAAUAAAUCAGCUCUUGUUGCACAAAUUAGACAUCACUCAGGUGAGGAACCAUUUUAAUCUUCUGGAGUAUACUCAUCAUUGCCAUGCAUUGUUCUUCAAGGUUCUUAUCCUAUCUCCUAUGCUUUUUGCAAUAUACAUGCUACCACUGGGUGUUAGGGUCUCCUGCCCUGUACUGCCACGUCGUCAUGGCAACCGGGAGACAAGUGCUAGCGGAGUAACCUGAGCGCAGCUGAUACUCCGGUUCGGGUCUUUUGCUGUGCAGUGGUUACAGGCUCUGUGCACGGCAGGGGAUCCGGUGCUGGUUUUUGUGCUCAGUCUGUGAGUUCUGAGUGGGGCGUGGACAGCACCUGCUUUAUAAGGCCUCUUCUCAGGUUAAGCAGAUGCUGCUGAAUCUUUGUUGGUUAGUCAGUUCCUGAAAGUUAGCCAGUACUGUGUAGCUUUGUAUUUGUUGUUGCUUACUGCAAAUAGGCCUGGGGAUUUGGUACUACACUCUGCCAAUCCAGACCUAGCAGUAAGACUGGAGUCAGUCGUUUAGCUUGCUGGGGUUCUUUUACUACUCUGUGAACUUAGCAAGUUUGCGGCUGUAUUCUAAGACUUGCCUGCCUAAAUUCUGUCUCACUGUGCAAGGUGUUCAGGUGUCAGCUUAGUGGCAGUAAGCUGAACCUGUGCACUGCAAGUGAGAAUUAGGAUUGUGGAGACUCUCCUUGUAUCUAUCAUUCCAUCUCUGACCAAGGAGUUUACUGGCACACCCGUUGGUAACCCUUUAGGGUUUUGCUGUUUCCCUUAGCAACAGCAUUUCGGGUUCUCUACGUAUUAAAACACAACAUCUUGCUUUUCCCAUCUGAGCAUUACUAAUACUAGGGAGACACCCAGUUCCUUAGCCUCUGGGCUUCUCUGUUCACUUUGUGUGUAUUUUGUUACCCUAUCACCUUCUGUGUACGUAAUGUCAUAUUCCCCAGUCUGUCUGUGAGUUCAUUUGUUUUGCAUACCUAUCCGUUCAGACACCAGUACAUUCCUGCAGGCACUGGUGUGCAUAACAGUUCAAACACCAGUACAUUCCUGCAGGCACUGGAGUGCAUAACAGUUCUGGCACCAGUACAUUCCUGCAGGCACUGGUGUGCAUAACAUAUUCAGCAGCCUAAUACUCCUGUUGAAAUUUUGUGGGAAUAUGGAGCAUACCCCUCAAAAUACGUUGCAACAGGUGGUCGAUCAGGUGCAGGUCCUGACUCGACAAUUUAAUGAUUUGUCCAUUAAAAUGCACACCUCCCAGGCCGCUGGCGGAGCUCCCGCAGCAGCAGCACCUUCAGGGGUUAAGGAGCCGAAAGUAAAUCUCCCGGAUCGUUUUUCUGGAGAUCGCUCGCAGUUCUUUUGUUUCAAGGAGAGCUGGAAGCUAUACUUCCGGCUUAGGCCUCAGUCUUCUGGGUCGGAGAUUCAGCGGGUGGGCAUAGUGAUUUCCUUGCUACAAGGAGACCCACAGGUCUGGGCAUAUGGGUUGCAGCCUGAAUGUCUGUCGCUUAAAAGUGUUGAUGCUUUUUUUACGGCACUGGGCAUGUUGUAUGAUGACCCUGACAAGACGGCCUCAGCCGAGGCUCAGAUUUCGAUCCUUAAGCAAGGGCGAAGGCCAGUUGAGGUUUACUGUACGGAGUUUCGGAGGUUGGCUCAUGAUACCCAGUGGAAUGACCCAGCCCUGAGACACCAGUACCGAAGAGGUCUUUCUAACCAGAUAAAGGACCAACUGGUACAAUAUCCCUUGCCUGAUAGCUUGGAUCAGCUCAUGCAGUUAUCCAUCCGGGUGGAUAGACGGCUGAGAGAGCGUAGGCUUGAAAGGGAGACUGAGGUUUCCUUCUUUCCCAAGGGAACCUCAGACUCUGAGGAAUUUUCCGAGGAGCCUAUGCAGAUUGGGGCUACCCGCCUCUCCUCGCGUGAGAAGAUGCGGAGGAGACAGCAGGGGUUGUGUUUGUACUGUGGGAAUAAAGGUCAUGUGGUAGUAUCAUGCCCAGAAAAGCCGGAAAACUUCAGGGCCUGAGGGUGAUGGGAAAUAUCCUGUCAGGGGAGGGGUCCUGGGGUGCACACCGGUAAUGAGAGGUGCGACCCUGCGGAGACCUUUCAGUAGAACUGCAUACAAAGAAAAAGGUUGCAGGUGCACAAUUCAAACAUUACCAAAUUAUUAA